GUUGUGAAGAUUAAGCACAAGAGUGUGCCAACCACUGAGCAACUGGUCUAUGUGCUAAUAAUACCUGGUGGGGGCUGUUGGCAGUCCAAGACGAGCAUUCUGGAGAGCAGAGCAUGGGGCACUGGAGAGCUUUAGCCCUUCGGGCACUCAUGCCUAAUGUUUCCACACUUCAGAGGAAAGUUUGGAAGAUGGAAGCUAUGUAAGCAAAAGGUAGUAUGUCCAUACGGUGGCAUAUCAUUCAGCCUUAAACAGGGAGGAAAUUCUGACACCUGCUGUACAUGACAGAUGAAACUUGACGACAUGAGGCUAAGUGAAAUCAGCCUGUCACCAAAAAAAAAAAAAAAGAAAGAAAAAAUUCUGUGUGAUUCUGCUUACAUGGGGGCACCUAGAGUAGUCACAUUCCUAGUGACAGAAAGUAGAAUGGUGGUUGCCAGGGGCUUGAAGUUGGGGCAAAAGGAGUGUUGUUUGAUGUGUAGUUUCAGUCUGGGAAGACGAAAAGAGGUCUGGAGAAAGAUGCCAUGCCACAGGGUGAAUGCGCUUAAUGCCCCUGAACUGGACACUUGAAAAUUGCUAACAUGUCAAUUUUAUGGCCUUUCUGGUGCCGACGAUCACCCCACAAGAAUAUGCCCCUUACGAAGGACUUCCUCCACCCAUCCCUGGAAGAGGCGAAGAGGAAGCACAAGAAGAAGAAGCACCUGGCACAGAGCCCCAGCUCCUGCUUCACAGGCAUGAAGUGCCCGGGAUCCAACAGAGUCACUAUCGUCUUGAGCCAUGUACAAACCGUAGUUUUGUGUGUUGGCUGCUCCACUGUCUUCUGCCAGUCCAUGGGAGGAAAAGCGAGGCUUACAGAAGCAGGCUCCUCCAGACAGAUGCAGCACUAAAAGCACCCAAGACGAAGAGGAGUGGGAAAUGAUCCCAAUACACACAUUUUGGAUUUAAAAAAAUGUCGAGGCAUCAGGCGACUCAGUUGGUGAAGCCUCCGACCUUGAU